GCCAGGGUGGUGGCGCAGAUCCGGGCAGGCAAGUCCGAUGGCGAGAUCAUCGCGAAGCCGGUCGUGCUCACCGCGCGCUUGGUGCUCGCAGACAGCAGGGCCAUCGCAGAGCUGUCGGCGGCGGCGCGCGUAACCUGGGCGCUCGUACUCAUCCGGGGGGGGGGGUGUUCCGACGCGACGGAGAUCGCAGGUCGGCGGUAUCAAGAGAUGUCCCAGGAGCUGGCAGAGAAGCGGAAAAAAGGGGAGACCCAGUGGGGCAACGAGAUGAAGGACUUCUGCCUCGCUCGUGUGAAGCAGCUCUCACUGCGUGCAGUUGGCGAGAUCGCCCUUCGCUGGCAGUGGGUACGCAGCGAGAGCGAGACCGCCCUUGAGAUGCAAGGCCGCCUGAUAGCGGCGAUCGACUCCAACCGCGAGAUGGGCCGCAAGUGGAUCCCGUUGUUGCGCAUGGCGGUGGCGGACAUCAAAGGCGAGCGCCUU